CGUGGAUAGGAGGAGAGAAAGAGUGGGGAGGAGGGAGAGAGGGAGGAGGAAGCUAAAGCAGCAGCGUUUUCUUUGAGGCUGCAGCAGACUAGAGAUUAAGCUCUUUUUCCGCUGGUGCCUACCAGUGAGAGCAGAGGAGCUACCCAGCAAAUGAGAAGAGGACACAUGCAAUCUGCUGUUACUGGAGCCCCUGGCUUCCUCUCUCCCCUGCAGGCCUCUUGAAGCACACCACAUAUACAGCGACACUUAUGCUUUCAAUCUCAAAAUCGGGAUCUCUGAACCCUGCAGGCACACACAUGUAAGUCGCACAUUUUAAUUUGUACCAAGGUUGUGCAAAGGAGAGCACAGUAUCAAUCGGAUCAAUUUCGCCAUGCUUGACUGAUGGAGCUAUGCUUUUUUAAAUACUGGGGCAGCCACUGUUCUCCGAGGCCAGCAGUGCAGCUCCAGGUUGGGGGAGGAUUCCUCUGGAUUUCCCUCUUUUCCUCUUCCAGCCAUGGUUCAACUGCCCAGCCCAGCCCUAUCCUGGCGGUGUUCUAAUUAGAUUCCACAGCCUGAGAAGCCAACAGUAUCAGGGAGCGGCACCUUGUCAGUUAUCACUUUUUCUCCUAUCGGCUUACCCAAAUUGAGGGACGUACACUGCUUAGUGGCGGAACAAGGAAGACAGGAUGGCUUGAAACCAUGUCUGUUUGAUAUAUGAGACUGGACUAUAUGCUAAACCACUUCUAUAACCAACCAUGUCAGCAGGGUGAAAGUGGUUGUUGAAUUUUGCUGGCUGAAGGUGAGGUCUUCACUCAUGGUAGUCACCGUCCUCUUUAUUGACUUGAAUGUGCUGGCGUCAGUGCAUGGGAUGCCAGUUCCCGUGGCAGCAGUGGCGAGACAUUUAGUACCUAGCCACUCCCCUUCUUUCUCUUCAAUGUCUGGAGACUUGUUUUAAAGGAGUUUGCAUGCCUGGGACGUGAAACACUCAUAGCUACAGGUGUGAAAACCAAACAUCAUCUCACAUAGAAUGGUUAUGCUUGGGUGAUGAUAGGAACAAAAGAUGUUCAGCUCUGAUGGGUUGUGACUAAAUUGUAGAUGAACUACUUGACACUGCUCUUCGUCCAUUAGGAGCUGAUCUGGGCUUUUAUGACUGCUUCCCAAUACAUUACAUACCCUAUGUGAUGUUAGCAGAGUGAAGUGAUCAGUAAUGUUUAAUAAAGAUAUUCAGAGAAGCAGGUAUUUCUAGGCAUCUUACUGUACGCGGAUAAAUACAUAUUCCGACAUGGUUUUCUCAUGUUUUUAGGUGCAUUCAAGCUGACGAUUAGUGCAUCCUAAUGAUGCAUCCUGAUGCAGAGUUAUUGAGCAUGUGUGCUCGCAUGAGUAUGUCUCUGUAUGUCUGCAGUGCAGUUUUAUUGUCGUUCUCACCUUGAGGAAUAUCUACAGUGGCUUUAAUAAUAUUGUGUCUUUGAGUACCAUUACAAAUGGCCUGCUAUUUAAUACAUAGCUUGUGAAAUGGGCUAAAAGGUACCAGUUUUUCUUCAGUCAGUGCUGCAUCAUCUCUGCAUCAAGAGCGAAUGGAAAAAAACAUCAAAUGCCUUGCCGUAGGAUUUUAAUAUUUUAUAAAGGACAGUAACCUAUAUUCAGUAUCAUGUCCUAGAGGCUUACUAAGACCUUAUGUGAUAUUUGGUUUAGGUUAACUGCAACAUUGCUUGAAUGACAGAAAGAGAAAACUAAGCAACAGGAGAUAUGACUGGUGUCCACACCUGAAGUUGAGACAUGAUGUCCUGGGAGAACCUCACCGUGUACCAAACCAUUUUGUCAUGAUUAAUACUUUUUGUCAUGAUUUUCACUUCAGAUCAAACAUUAACUUAAUAUUUUAAUUUACCUUACCAGCCUCAGGCUGACUGUCUUGCUCCCAUUGUGGACAUCACUUUAUUUCCUUUUGGCUCAUAUUUAUUUGCUCUGUCUCUAUGAGAUAUGGGGAGCUCCCUUGGUUGUGUGAAACAACCCAGGGAUGCUGGACCAGGUGGUGCUGCACCACUAUCACCCAAAAGAAAACUUCGCUUCAGGCGAAAACGAAAGGCCAAACAGAAGUUAAAAGGUGCCGAAGGGGAGGACAAGAGAAGCCGUGUCCUUGAAGAGAAGGAGAGUGGAAGUGUUGAAGUUACGGAGGGGUCAACGACAAAAGCCCCUGAUUCCGCCAAAUUGAUAUCUGGACAAAUAACUACAGAAACUGAAACGCCCACCAAUGUUGUCCUUGUUCCCGGUAUGGCCCCAAUAUUUGGAAGCACAGGGACAUUGCGGGGCAGUAAGAUGGCCAUUCUUUCCCCAGAUCCCAGUCCAGCCUGGCUGGGGGCACUUCGCCAGUUUGAGGUAGAGGGACUCAGCAAAGAGUCUCAUGCUGAAUUAGAGCAAGGCAGCACAACUCCUAGAGGAGGAAGAGUCUGUAAGGUUCGAGAGCGAGUUCAGGGGGUAUUAGAGAGACCCUGUCUUUUACGCUCUAAACGUGGUGACCUGGAAAUAGAGAAGGAAGGUGGAGAUGUGCAUGGGCAGAGUGAACUGAUAUUCGGUGAACCCUCGGAAACCGAGAAGAAGGGAGUUGUUCACAUUCGUGAGUUUGGAGGACAACUUUGUGUGGUCCGAACUGUGUAUCCAAGGGACUAUGGGUCGCCCAUCUGGCGUGACAAAGAACUUGAGGUCCAUUCUGAACCUCCAGCUGCAUCUCCUAUUACUCGAGGCAUUACGAAAAUACAAGUGUCCGCAACUCAAGGGCGACCACCCGGGAAGAAAGACUCUGCCAAACCAGCAACAGCUGCAGCUCGGGGAAAAAAGGGGAAAGAGUUCCUGUUGGACAACUCUGCUCAAGUAGCUGAAGGCGUUGGUCCCACACCACAAGACCUUCAGUCUUCAGGUUAUGCUAGCGAUGUGCCUCUCAUCUCACCUGAGACGGGAGGUGCUGUUCAGACUGACUGGGGGAGCUCCUCUGAUGUGCUUGAUUCUUCUGUGCUUGAGAGUCCCAUCUCCCCCCAAGAAAUACCUGCUCAGCCUUCCACACAGGUCAGAUUCUUUUCUCUCUGUCUUCUUAAAGACUUUUUUAUAUGGCUUUUGUAGUAUAAAAGAGAUUAAAGCUGACAAGGCUUGGGAUUGGGGUAUAGGUGUCUUCAUUUUGUUUCUUCACUACUAUGUUUCGUGUGGCUUUUUUUCUCUCUCAGCCAAUCAGCUGUGCAUAGAAAACAGCAAAUCCUUCUUGAACCUCUCCCAGGAGCCUAAUCAGUACUGCCCAGAUCAUCUCUCACUGUCUGCCUCCUUCCCUCCGUUCCUCAUUAUUUCCCUUCCCUCAUACCACCCACUCUCUUUCCUGUCAUUCCUGAUGCUCUAGGUUCUGUAUUCGACUGAAACUGU